AAAAGGGCCACCGCUGAGGCAGUCCCACGGGGACCGAGGUCCCGCUGAGGGAGGCGCACGGACCGGAGAGGGGAGACCCCUGGGAGCGCCCGGGGCGCGAGCGAUACAGCAUGUGCGAGCUGUACAGCAAGCAAGACACCCUGGCGCUGAGGAGGAAGCACAUCGGGCCCUCCUGCAAAGUUUUCUUUCCUGCGGAUCCUAUCAAAAUAGUGCGAGCCCAGCGGCAGUACAUGUUUGACGAGAAAGGUGACCAGUACUUGGAUUGCAUCAACAACGUUGCGCAUGUGGGACACUGCCACCCAGAAGUGGUCAGAGCUGCCCAGAAACAGAUGGAACUACUAAAUACAAAUUCUCGAUUCCUCCACGACAACAUUGUUGAGUAUGCCAAGCGCCUGUCAGCAACCCUGCCGGACAGACUUUCUGUGUGCUAUUUUACAAAUUCAGGAUCUGAAGCCAAUGACUUAGCCUUACGCCUGGCUCGGCAGUUCAGAGGCCACCAAGAUGUGAUCACUCUUGACCAUGCUUACCACGGUCACCUAUCAUCUUUAAUUGAGAUCAGUCCAUAUAAAUUUCAAAAGGGCAAAGAUGUCAAGAAAGAAUUUGUGCAUGUGGCACCAGCUCCAGAUACUUACAGAGGAAAAUACAGAGAAGACCAUCCAGACCCAGCCAGCGCUUAUGCAGUUGAAGUGAAGAAAAUUAUUGAUGCAGCUCAUAACAGCGGAAGGAAGAUUGCUGCCUUUAUUGCUGAAUCCAUGCAGAGUUGUGGUGGACAAAUAAUUCCUCCAGCAGGCUACUUCCAGAAAGUGGCAGAAUAUGUACAUGGAGCAGGAGGUGUGUUUAUAGCUGAUGAAGUUCAAGUAGGCUUUGGCCGAGUUGGGACACAUUUCUGGAGCUUCCAAAUGCUUGGUGAAAACUUCGUUCCAGACAUCGUCACAAUGGGAAAACCAAUGGGCAAUGGCCACCCAAUGGCAUGCGUGGUAACAACCAAAGAAAUCGCAGAAGCCUUCAGCAGCUCUGGGAUGGAGUAUUUCAAUACGUAUGGAGGAAAUCCAGUAUCUUCUGCUGUUGGUUUGGCCGUCCUGGAUGUAAUUGAAGACGAGGACCUUCAAGGAAAUGCCACAAGAGUAGGGAAUUAUCUUACUGAGUUACUGAAUAAGCAGAAGGCUAAACAUACUUUGAUAGGAGAUGUCAGGGGCGUUGGCCUCUUUAUCGGAAUUGACUUAGUGAAGGACCAUCAGGAUAGGACCCCCGCCACAGCUGAAGCUCAGCACAUCAUUUACAAGAUGAAAGAAAAGCGAGUGCUCCUCAGUGCCGAUGGACCUCAUAGAAAUGUGCUUAAAAUAAAACCACCUAUGUGCUUCACUGAAGAAGAUGCCAAGUUUAUGGUGGACCAACUUGACGGGAUUCUAACAGGUUUAGAAGAAGCCAUCGCAACCAAAACUGAGAGUAUGAGCUCUGAGAGUACUCCAUGCAGAACCAAGGAUGGGGAUGACGUCAUCUAUGUCACAGAUCACCAUGAUAGUCUCCAGGAAGCCCAGAUGGUCCAGAUGGCUUCAGACUAAGUUAUGACAGAGAGAAGGAGAAUGAACAUAGCUCUGGAGCAGAAGUGUAAAGAAUACUGUUAUCUGUUCCAAAGGAACGCAAACUCUGAUUUUCUUACCUGAUGGUGUUAAAAAUAAGCACAUUCUGUAAAUUAGUUAUGGUAUGCCAUGUACACGAAGCUUUCUGAAUCUGCUCUAGCAACACCACCAUGUCUAGCACUGUGGCUGCAAUUGGGGCUACUACUUGGUUGAGCUUACAGUAGUGUAUAGUCAUUUUCUAGUUACCAUCUGGUUUGUAGAAGCCAAGUCCGCUAAUUAAGAGAAGAGAUGAUAGGGACAGUGACUGCUGCAUCCUUUAGAUGUUUAAGAGUGGCUAAUCUCCACUAUCAAGGCCCAGAAUGUUCUUCUGUCUUUGAUUUAUCAUCUUGGUUGGAGAGGGUAAGGACAGGUGUGUGGAAGGGCAGUUUCAGAGGCUUCCAUGGGGACUUCACUAUGACAGCACUUACUCCACAGGCCAGGGACCUGUUCUGGGGGUGACCCCAGCUUCCAACUAUGUCCAUCCCAAUCAUGCUUUGGGGACUGGGGAAACAACCAC